GUUGAUUGGUCGAUGAACAAAUUUUUUUUUUCUUCUGACAGCAAACAUAAAUUUUUGAGGCCGCGUCGCGUUCCAGAGUUCUCUUUCCCCAACCUUCACCUUCUUCAUCUCAUCACACCAUAAUAAUGGCUGCUAACUACAAGGUCGCUGACAUCUCCCUCGCCGCUUUCGGUCGUAAGGAAAUUACUCUUGCUGAGCAGGAGAUGCCUGGUCUCAUGGCUAUCCGUGAAAAGUACGGCCCCGACCAGCCCUUGAAGGGUGCCCGCAUUGCUGGCUGUCUCCACAUGACCAUCCAGACCGCUGUCUUGAUUGAGACUCUCACCGCCCUCGGUGCUGAGGUUACCUGGUCGUCCUGCAACAUUUUCUCCACCCAGGAUCACGCCGCCGCUGCUAUUGCUGCCACUGGUGUCCCCGUCUACGCCUGGAAGGGUGAGACUGAUGAGGAAUUCAUCUGGUGUAUCGAAAAGACCCUCUACUUCCCCGAUGGUCAGCCCUUGAACAUGAUCCUCGAUGAUGGUGGUGACUUGACCAACAUUGUUCACGAAAAGUACCCCCAGUUGAUCCCUGGCAUCAAGGGUCUUUCUGAGGAAACCACCACCGGUGUUCACAACUUGUACAAGAUGAUGAAGAACGGUACCUUGAAGUUGCCUUCCAUCAACGUCAACGACUCCGUCACCAAGUCCAAGUUCGACAACUUGUACGGUUGCCGUGAAUCGCUCGUCGACGGUAUCAAGCGUGCCACCGAUGUCAUGAUUGCCGGUAAGGUCUCGGUCGUCGCUGGUUUCGGUGAUGUCGGCAAGGGUUGCGCUGCUGCCCUCCGUGCCUUCGGUUCGCGUGUCUUGGUCACCGAAAUCGAUCCCAUCAACGCUCUCCAGGCCGCCAUGGAAGGUUACGAAGUCACCACCAUGGAGGACGCUGUCAAGGAAGCAAACAUCUACGUCACCACCACCGGCUGUCGUGACAUUAUCACUGGUGCCCACUUUGAGCAGAUGAAGGAUGAUGCUAUUGUCUGCAACAUUGGUCACUUUGACAUUGAAAUCGACGUUGCCUGGAUCAAGGCCAACGCCGCUGAGUGCGUCAACAUUAAGCCCCAGGUCGACCGCUUCACCAUGAAGAACGGCCGUCACGUCAUCUUGCUUGCCGAGGGCCGUCUUGUCAACUUGGGCUGUGCCACCGGCCAUCCUUCGUUCGUCAUGUCCAACUCCUUCUCCAACCAGGUCUUGGCUCAGAUCGCUCUCUGGACCCAGCCCGGCCAAUGGUCCGUCGGUGUCCACGUCUUGCCCAAGAAGCUUGACGAAGAAGUUGCCCGUGCUCACUUGGGCAAGUUGGGUGUCAAGUUGUCUGAAUUGACCACCGUCCAGUCCGACUACCUCUCCAUCCCCGUUGCUGGUCCCUACAAGCCCGAUAUGUACCGUUACUAAGCAAUGCACUUUGGACAUUCCAGAGUAUCUCUUGUAAAUGUUAAAAGCACCCCCUUUUUAUAAACAUAAUAGCCCUUCUUGUCACAUUUUCAUCCUGCUUCUAGUCUCUUCUCCCAUUUUCUUUUUAGUAUAUCAUUACCCAUAACUCUUUUCUAGUUACCUCGGUAACUUAUCCUCUGUAAGAUAGAACGUUUCAACAUGUUCGGGGGUUGCUUUUCCUUCUAACAUGCAUGUUAUACAUAUUCAAAAUUAAAUAAAACCACCGCAUUCAACAUGUUAA